GACUACAGGUCUGCCGGGGAACACACCUAGGUAGGUCCAUCUUUCCCUUAUACAUCGCAAGUUCGACCAGAGAAUCCGACAGACUGGUUGGUGGGACCCCCAGCAAGGCCGGGGGCAGGCCAGGUGCCAUGGGGGCCUGGGGGCCUGGGGGCCUUGGGCAGAUUUACUCCGCAGUCCACGCCGGCAUGCAUACAUACACAAUGCAUCUCGGAGUAAACAUUUUUGGCACGAUAAUCCCAGGGAAGAUGCCGGAGGGAUACGUAAUUGGUUGUAAUGGUAGCCGUCAAACCUGCCAGCCUCCAGGACGGCCAGCCCUAAGGGUUCAGCUUUGGGAUUCGUGACAGGCUUCCCCCAAGCCACCUCGAGAAGCGGUGUGGCGGGGAAUCCAGGCUGCGUUGAC